AUGCAUCGAGCCGCACAGGCCUGCGCCCGAUGCUACAAGCGCAAGAAACGCUGUGACCGGGGGGUGCCCGCAUGCUCGGGCUGCCGGAAGGCCAAUGUGGAGUGCCAUGGCAUCUCGCGCAGCGACAAUACGCAGAUCCCUCGCAAUAUCGCGCGCUUCCUCGAAUCCGCCAUUGCGGACUUAGAGCUGCAGCUCGGCAAUCGAUCUGCUGCAGCAGCUGUCAGACACCAAUGCGGCGAUGCUAUGAUUCCCAGGGGUUUCAUGGCGCCUCUGCCGCGGCAGUUCUGUCCAUCGAUUACCCAAACGCGGGCAGUGCCGUACAAGGCCUCAUUCCUACAGCAGUCCAAUUUUCCCCCUCAACGGAAGCUAGCUGCCUUGGCAGUGCCUGCUGCCGUCGCCCGGACUUUGUUUGACGUGUAUAUCAAUCGAUUGUUGCCUCAAUAUCCUUUGUUCCACCCUGCCGAGCUGGAGAAAGUCUUUGCGCAGGUCUAUGUGCAAGGCGAACAACAGCCAUGGCUAAGCGCUGAAGGCCAGCGCCACCUGUUCAUCGCCAGCAUGGUGCUCGCGAACAGUGGCUGCGCAUACAAGUUCACCAACUUGGGUCGAAAUCGCUCCUUCUACAGUUCUCUUCAAUCCGAUGCAUUAUCGAUGCUAAGCUGUGUACAACACACCUCUCUUGAGAGCUUACAAUGUAUGCUGUUGCUAGUCCAACACGCGCUGCUCAACCCACAGUCCGGCUCGCUGUACAAUCUGGCUGGAGAUGCGAUGAAAAUUGCCAUUGCUUUGGGGCUGCAUCAGGAACCUGUCUGCGUCGAUAUCAAUGAGUGCGAUCUGCGGCGGUCCCUUUUCUGGGCGUCCUAUGUCCUCGACCGCUCUAUAAACAUCACUGGUCACAGACCACUAGCGCUGCGGGAUGAGCAUAUCACCGUUCACCACCUUACUGACAAAUCCCGAGUACACUUCGUCAACCACGUUCGUUAUCGACAAUUGCAGUCCGAGAUGUACGCAGUCCAAUUUCACAACAAGCCCAUCCCUUCAGGUACCUACCAGGAGUGGAUGGAUGAUAUGGGGGAGCGCAUCAUGGCCUGGCGAUCGUCAGCGCUGAGCAGUAUCCAGGCACCGCCAGAAUGGUUUGACUUUGGCACUUGGACUUGCGUCGUCCUUUUGCACCGCCCGUGCAUCCGCAAUCCCAAUCCAUCCGAAGCAUCUAUUAAAGAGAGUUUUGAAGCGGCGGUGCGCAUAUCUGAUGGAUAUUGGGAACAGUCGCAAGAUAAACAUGUCAAAUAUACCUUUCAUGCUGUUCAUAACGCCUUCGAGUCCGGCCUGGUACUGCUUUAUGCGAUAGAAGUGGCACCGGAUAUCUUGCGCCAGAACUACGGAGUCAAGCGUGUACUUGACGUCGUCAAUCAGAUCUCGGCGCUGUUCCUGGUCAUUUCCAAAAUCUGGCCGGACGCCAUGCUAGUCGGAGAUCGAUACGACGAGCUGCAAAAGGCCGUCACUAAACGUUUCGUCCAAGAACCUGAUGAGGAAACUGCCUACGAUUCUGCGCUGCUCGACUGUCUACGUGACAUGCUCUUUCGUGUCAAUCGUGACGCUCGCUUCUCAAAGCCCGGACAUCAAUUUCCCGUAUCACCAAGUGACCAGGGCAGCGGUCAAUGGUCGAAUUUACUAGCACCGCCGCUAGAAGGUCAAUCAGCGUUGGCGCUUGGUUCAUCGAUGGACAUUGACAUGGAGUGGUUGGCGACAAACACGCUUGAUGAUAGCUGGGAGCUCUCUGUCUUCGAAUGGCCGGGGUUUCCACCGGAUAUGACAGACACCCCCUCGAGGCCCGCGGUAGCCUCUCCACCAGCACUGGAUCGCACAGCGGUUGAUACGGCAAUCGAGUUGUUGCCAGCAUGCAGGCAGUGCCGGGAGCGUCGCGUGCGCUGUGAUCGAGGGUUUCCCUCGUGCCAAAACUGCCGCUCUUCACAGGCCGAAUGCAUGCACAAAGACCCCGUCUCGGGAGAAAUGACGCCGCGCAAGUACAUUGCCGCCCUGCACCGCACGUUCACCAGCCUCAUGGAUGAGUGGGAGUCCACAGAGCCUGUCAGGAUAGAGUCUACCGAGUCGAUCAGCCCUACGGCCUCGUCAGUUGACUACGAUAAAUUGCAGCUCUUCGGUCCAUCCACAGCAAUGGCAGAAGUAACUGCAACGCUAACGGCGGGCGUCUAUUCACAGCCAGCAGCACGCUCAGAUGAGUCCUCGUGGUUUCUCUCAUCGGGAUGUAGCAUGAACAUACCGCCGCCUCAUGUGCGCAGUGAGAUCUUGCCCGAAAUAAAACCGCUCAAUCUCGUCUACCCGAUAUUCCAAGAAACAGACGAGUUUUUGCUCUCUUUCACUCAGAAGCAAAACCUACCAGCCACCGCCGAAAAUCUUCUCGUAAUCGCCAUCUGCCUCCAGCUGCGCAGCAAAACCGAUCCGAGAUACAAAGGCCCCGCCAUGGCCUAUUUCAACGGUGCGCUGCACAAGCACAGCACCAUAGACUUCACGACCCCGAGCAUUCACCAAAUUCAGAUUUUCGCUCUGGAGUGUCUCUUUAUCCUGCUCUGUCCCACCGCAGGCGACAUCUGGCGUAUGAGCGGCGCUGCCGUGCGCGCCUGCGUCGAGCUCUGCGAGGAGUACAACACAAUCGACGAGACUUGCUGGCUACUCCUGCGUACCGUCUUCUGCUUGGAGAUUAGCAUCUGCGUAGCUCUCGGCCGACCUCCACAGUCACCCUGUUUAUACGAGUCCCUCAAGCUCGAUGUACCACCCACCCACGCCGCCGAAGCGUUCCAGAUUGCCCUGUGCAACGUUUCAUGGCUGCAAGCCUUAGAUCUGAUUGACCUGCUUGCUGGCGUGCCGUCCCCAGUACGACUGGAAACUCUUUUCCCAGGCCCCUACGACGACCCGAUGCAGGACCAAUUCUCCCAAUACCUUCACGCCCGAGCGCUCCGCUCGCCGGUAUCAAUGGCACAGGCGCUCUCGAUGGAUAUGGUCCGUACUCGCUUCCCGUUUUCGUGGGUCGAUGCGCAUGAAGUCGCGGCUGCUGUGCUACGCCCGUCUCAGCCGGCUCAGAGCGCGUGUCUUCAGGCCUUGAGAUGGAUGGCGGCGGAUCCGGAUCUUGCUUGUCAGGAUCUAUAUGAUAGCCUGGCAGUCUCGGUGUGA